CCGGCAGCCAUCUUCUUGGGGGUGCUGGGAGCCGGGAAGACCCCCCGAAUCGUUCCCAUUGAGCUGCUCUUCGUCUUCGCUUUCUUCAUUUUGCCUCUUCUGCGUUACCGACAAGCAACUGGUCCCGCGGCUGAGAGAAAGCCCGGGUCUAGGCGCGUGUCGCGCUCCCGGUUCCGAACGAUUGGCUGGGGUGGAGGGAAGGGGGAGGGCUCAGGCAAGCCGUUGCUGCCUCAGCCCGGGCCGGGGUCCGGGGAGGGGGAAGCUCCUGGCACCCCGUGGACUCGCGGCCUGCGGCGGUCCCCGCGGAGCUGUUCACCGAGCCGGCUCGCGGGAACCUGCCACCGGCGCCUCCCACCGCGGCCCACGCGGGCGGCGCGCGGAGGAGGGGGCGGGGGCAGCGGCGGCUGUAGCGGCCGCGACCUGGGCGGGCGGAGGAGAGUGACGGGCCUGGGCGCCGCUGUGGAUGGUUUCUAAAAUGAUCAUUGAAAACUUCGAGGCACUGAAGUCCUGGCUCAGCAAGACUCUCGAGCCCAUCUGUGAUGCAGAUCCAUCAGCCCUAGCAAAAUAUGUUCUUGCUUUGGUAAAAAAAGACAAAAGUGAAAAAGAAUUAAAGGCGUUAUGUAUUGAUCAACUGGAUGUAUUUCUUCAAAAAGAGACACAGAUAUUUGUGGAAAAACUUUUUGAUGCUGUGAAUACAAAGAGUUACCUACCUCCCCCAGAGCAGCCAUCAUCAGGAAGCUUAAAGGUGGAAUUUUUUCAGCACCAAGAAAAAGAUAUAAAAAAAGACGAGAUCAUAAAAGAGGAAGAACGAGAGAAGAAGUUUUCCAGAAGGCUAAAUCACAGUCCUCCCCAGUCAAGCUCCCGAUACAGAGAAAAUAGAAGUCGUGAUGAGAGGAAAAAAGAUGAUCGUUCUCGCAAAAGAGAUUAUGAUCGAAACCCUCCUCGAAGAGAUUCAUACAGAGACCGGUACAAUAGAAGACGAGGGCGGAGUCGCAGUUACAGCAGGAGUCGGAGUCGAAGUUGGAGUAAAGAGAGGCUUCGUGACAGGGAUAGGGAUAGAAGUAGGACCAGAAGCAGGAGCAGAACACGAAGCAGGGAAAGAGAUCUGGUAAAACCCAAAUAUGACCUGGAUAGAACAGAUCCACUAGAAAACAAUUAUACUCCAGUUUCUUCGGUACCUAACAUUUCAUCUGGUCACUACCCUGUACCUACUUUGAGCAGCACCAUAACAGUAAUUGCUCCUACACAUCAUGGUAAUAACACUACCGAAAGUUGGUCUGAAUUUCAUGAAGACCAAGUGGACCAUAACUCAUAUGUCAGACCACCAAUGCCUAAAAAACGGUGUAGAGACUAUGAUGAAAAGGGUUUCUGCAUGAGAGGAGACAUGUGCCCUUUUGAUCAUGGAAGUGACCCAGUAGUUGUAGAAGAUGUGAAUCUUCCUGGUAUGCUGCCUUUCCCAGCACAGCCUCCUGUUGUUGAAGGACCACCUCCUCCUGGACUCCCCCCACCCCCACCAAUUCUUACACCUCCACCUGUGAAUCUGAGACCCCCAGUGCCACCACCAGGCCCAUUACCACCCAGUCUACCACCUGUCACAGAUGAUAUUUCUUAUUCUUUGGUUUUGACAGGACCACCACCACCACUUCCUCCUCUGCAGCCAUCUGGCAUGGAUGCUCCCCCAAACUCUGCAACCAGUUCUGUUCCUACUGUAGUAACAACAGGCAUUCAUCACCAGCCUCCUCCUGCUCCACCUUCUCUUUUUACUGCAGUUUUUGUAUUACCAGAUACAUAUGACACAGAUGGCUAUAAUCCUGAGGCCCCAAGCAUAACAAACACUUCCAGACCUAUGUAUAGACACAGAGUGCAUGCACAAAGGCCUAACUUGAUAGGAUUGACAUCAGGGGAUAUGGAUUUGCCACCCAGAGAAAAGCCUCCUAAUAAAAGCAGUAUGAGGAUAGUAGUGGAUUCAGAGUCAAGGAAAAGAACGAUUGGUUCUGGGGAGCCUGGAGUUACUACAAAGAAGACUUGGUUUGAUAAACCAAAUUUUAAUAGAACAAACAGCCCAGGCUUCCAGAAAAAGGUUCAGUUUGGAAAUGAAAACACCAAACUUGAACUUAGAAAAGUUCCACCAGAAUUAAAUAAUAUCAGCAAACUUAAUGAGCAUUUUAGUCGAUUUGGAACUUUGGUUAACUUACAGGUUGCCUAUAAUGGUGAUCCUGAAGGUGCCCUUAUCCAAUUUGCAACAUAUGAAGAAGCAAAGAAAGCAAUAUCAAGUACAGAAGCAGUGCUAAACAAUCGCUUUAUUAAGGUUUAUUGGCACAGAGAAGGAGGCACCCAGCAAUUACAAACUACUUCUCCAAAAGUAAUGCAGCCUUUAGUCCAGCAGCCCAUUUUGCCUGUUGUGAAGCAGUCUGUCAAAGAGCGGUUGGGUCCAGUACCUACAAGUACUAUUGAAGCAGCAGAAGCCCAGAGUGCCAGUUCAGACCUUCCUCAGAAUGUAACUAAAUUAUCUGUGAAGGACAGGUUGGGUUUUGUAUCAAAGCCAUCUGUUUCAGCAACUGAAAAGGUGUUAUCUACAUCUACUGGCCUAACAAAAACAGUGUAUAAUCCAGCUGCUUUGAAGGCUGCACAAAAAACCUUACUUGUUUCCCCCUCUGCAGUUGAUAAUAAUGAAGCACAGAAAAAAAAACAGGAGGCACUGAAACUUCAGCAGGAUGUAAGGAAAAGAAAACAAGAAAUUCUAGAAAAGCACAUUGAAACACAGAAGAUGUUAAUUUCGAAAUUGGAGAAAAACAAAGCAAUGAAGUCUGAAGAUAAAGCAGAAAUAAUGAAAACUUUAGAGGUUUUGACAAAAAAUAUUACCAAGUUGAAAGAUGAGGUCAAAGCUACUUCUCCUGGACGCUGUCUUCCAAAAAGUAUAAAAACCAAGACUCAGAUGCAGAAAGAAUUACUUGACACAGAGCUGGAUUUAUAUAAGAAGAUGCAAGCUGGAGAAGAAGUCACUGAACUUAGGAGAAAAUAUACAGAAUUACAGCUGGAAGCUGCCAAACGAGGGAUUCUUUCAUCUGGUCGGGGCAGAGGAAUUCAUUCAAGAGGUCGAGGUGCAGCACAUGGCAGAGGCAGGGGUCGGGGCCGAGGUCGAGGUCGAGGUCGAGGUGUACCUGGUCAUGCUGUGGUAGAUCACCGUCCAAGGGCAUUGGAGAUUUCUGCAUUUACAGAGAGUGAUAGAGAAGAUCUUCUUCCUCAUUUUGCGCAAUAUGGUGAAAUUGAAGAUUGUCAGAUUGAUGACUCUUCACUUCAUGCAGUAAUUACAUUCAAGACAAGAGCAGAAGCUGAAGCAGCUGCAGUUCAUGGAGCUCGUUUCAAAGGGCAGGAUCUAAAACUGGCAUGGAAUAAACCAAUAACUAAUAUUUCAGCUGUUGAAACAGAAGAAGUUGAACCUGAUGAAGAGGAACAGAGAGAGAUCAUCAUUGCCUGAAUUUAGCUUUGUGACUACAACAGCAAGAUCUGUUCCUGUCUGGAGACGACUGUUAUAAUAACUCUAUUAUUUUAUGUUUGCCUUUUAUCAAUUUGAAUAGAUGUUUACAUGUACUAUAAUUAGCAUUUUAUCUUUACAGUUCUCUAAGGGUACCCUUGAGUCCAGAAGUAUAUCUGAGUGUGUGCUUUGUCUGACCUUAUUCUUAAAUGUUUUCUCCCCUUUACUUCCUUUUUUUUUUUUUUCACCAUAAGAAGACAAAAGACCUCUUGGUUUCCUAAUAUGACAUAAGUUCAGUCUCAGUCAACUUCAGAAUUGUGUCUAGGAAAUCUAUAAAGCCAUGAUGCUGUGUUAAUUAACACGAACCAUUUAGAAUGAAGAAAAUGAUUGAAAAGUUAAGCAUGGGUAUACUUUUAAAUUUUCUGGGUUUUAAAAGGUUUUAUUUCUGGGAUUAGAAUAGUCAGUUAAAUUUUUUGGACAGAUGGUAAAAUAUUUUUUUUAACACACACUUGCCUAUUUCUUCUAAAUAUAUUUACUCAAGUUGUUCCCAAGACCACUUAUCUGAAUAAUUUUAAAGUCCUUAGCUCUUUAAAACCAACAAGGAGACUAUUUUUCUUUCUUUUCAAGUAUUGCAGGAUGAUGACCUGUGGAGUAUAGAUAUUGAAAAAUAUCUAUUAAAUGUCUAGUUUACAAGUUUUUCCAUAUUUUCCUCUCAGUCAAGACAUCAAAGACAAUCUUGAAAGCAAGGGGAAAGAAUAUUGUGUGUCUUACAUUGUUAAAGACACUAAUUUUCCUAUUUUAAAAGGCAUAUGCCCAUAUUAUUUAUUAGUAAGCAAUUAUUAAUAUUACUAGUGUGAAUAUGGCAUAGAAUUAUUUAUAGAACAUGAUUUAAUUUAACCUAGGUAUUUACCAAAAACACUCCUUUUAUAAUGGGUGCCAUUAAAAAAGUUUUCAACAUCAGUUUUUGAAUAUUUCUUCAAAUCCUCAUGAGACAUUUGAGAAGUUAUUCUUGGUACAAACUCUUUAUUAGGAAAGUCCAAACUACACUUGAUUCUGUUCACCCUUGUCCAUGCUAUAUUUUCACUUUUUUUUACGUGCAAAGUUGACUAUUCUGUAAACACUUUAUUGAGUGUGCAUUGCCUCUGUCUUCAUGAAAAAUAAAAAGAAUGAACACAUCUAUCAUAAUGUAAAUGAUCUAUUUUGAUCCACAUUAGUUGAAGACAGCAUGAUUAAUAUUAGGCUUGGUUUGAAGGAAAAGGACAGACUUUGGAAUGUAUUCAAACAUAAUUAUGACCUACUAGUAUACAAGGCCUUUUUAAAAUUAAAAACUUUAGUUUUAAUUUGCAAACUAUCAUAUAGCGAGUUUUGUAAAUAUUUUUUCAGAUUAAUUCAUUAUUUUUUCAAGGAAAAAUGCUCUGCCCAUCUAAUAGUGGUUUCCGUGCUAGGUGAAACCUAAAGAACGUUUUCUGAGACCAUAUUUGCUGUGAACAGUUCUAGUUGGUUAAUGGAUGUGGACCACAUACUACUGCCCUCAACUUUAUUUUGUCAUCUUCCUGUUUUCCCCUUGCCUUUAAAUUAAAAACAAAAUAAAGCAAAACAAAAUGAACUACCAUUUGAAUCAGAGUCAAGGUGAUUUGAUUCUCAUUAAGAUCAUUGCGCUUUUUGGAAAUUGCUGUGAGAUCCAUUAGAUCAGUUAAGUAGUUAAAUUCCCAUAUGUUGAUUAAUUAAAGAAGGAUUUUUAUUUCAUUUUCCUGAAUAAGAUUCUCAUGAAGCUAUGUGUAGAUAACUGUACAGAAUCACUUGUGUAAUUGAUGCAGUUUACCGCUGCAUGAUUGCAUUAUGGAAACCUUUUAUAUAUCUAUAUUUUUAAUAUACUUGGAUUUUACACUAUUAGCUGUUCUAGUCAUGCUAUAUUUGUUUUUUAAAAUAGAGUUUAUAAAUAUCUCAAAAUACAAAUUGAUUGAAUAUUUUGGUCUUGUUUACAAGAUAAAUAAGUGAUGCAGCCCCAAAGUGUCUUAGGAAAAAGUCAUUGGUGCUAUAAAACCUUUCAAUAUCAUUUUUGAAUCUGUUGUUUGGACUGCUAGGCUUUCAUCUAUGAUUGCUUUUGACUUAUUUUUUUCUAACAGCAUAAGUAGAAAAGUGGUCUGUGGUGAGUAAAGAGCCCAGUCCAUUAGAAAAUACCCCAUAAUUUAAAGAUAAGCAGAAUGACGUACUUAUUUUUGCCCAGCUUCCCCAAAAGAAAUUGCUUCUUCAGCUUAUCAUUGGCUCUUUUGAUGGGAGGAACUGUGUUACCCUGGCUAGAAUUAAAAAAUGAAACAUUCCGCAUGGCUCAGUUUUCCUAUAUUUCAAAUAGAAAACUUUUCUAGUCUGAAAAUAUGGUGUAAUCCUGCUCUGCUUUAAAUUCCCAUUUGUCUUUUACUCAACAGGAGGCAGGGUAAUUCUUAAAUAUUUAUAGAACAUUUGAUGAGUUGGAAAGGGAUGUAUUAUUUACAUUGUACAAGUUUUGUGUUAAUGCGUAGAUUGUUUUCUCCAUCUACAAAACUUUAUUCCAGCACCUUAGUGAAUGUUCUUAAGAUACAAUUUUUUAAGUAUCAGCAAAGCAUUCGUAGGUGUUUAUUUUUUAUUCUUAGAAUCCUGAACCUGUUCUGGGUGUGAUAGAACAUGUCUGGCACAAGAUUUCCUUUAAUAAGUGGUUUAAUUUAACGCAACUUCUAUGGAUUGUUGAACUUAAAACACCAAAGGAAUCUUUUCUUGUCUGGAGACUGGAUUGUUCCAGUUUUUAAUACCUGUGCCCAUAAGUAUCCAUUUCAUGAAUGCGUGUUGGCAUGGGGAAAAAUUCCCUGCUCUUUGAGUGGAGCGAAAGAAAUUGGUUAAGCUGUAGCAGCUUUUUUUUAAUUUAAGUAUGGAAACUUGAUCUUGAAAAAAGUAAAACUUGAACUAGAAAAUUCUUGUAUGCUUAGAAUGUUUAUAGUAUUACAUGUUUAUGUGGGGUUGUCAACAUUUUUAUUUAUAGUUGAAUUAUGUUUUGUUAAAUAUCCAUAAUGUUUAUUAUUUUUAUAUUUUGAAAAAAUUUUAAAUAAAAUAGUCUUACUUAAAAGCAGUUGUUAACUUUUUAAAAUCGUCCUUCAUGUUGCAUCAGUAGAAAAAUGUGCAGCCCUCAGGCAUUGCACAAUUGAGAAUUCUGGAAAUGUUUAAAUAAAGAAAUGGCUUCACAUUG